CUAUAAAUCAAAAUGAAAUGUUUACAUUUGCAUUUGCAUUAGUAAGCAUGACAGCAGUUGACAUUUCAAUACUUGGCAUGAAUAAGAGUUAAAAUUAGGAAGGUAAUGCAAUAAUUACUUUGAUCUGUUCCGAUUGAAUGGGCAAUAUUGCGUUGGUGCCAAGUUCGGAAAUAUCAACUUUGUAGUUAAACUUUGGUUUGUUUUUUGUUUUGUUGUAUUUAAAACAAAACUUGGUGAAGUUAUUGAAUAUUUUCAAAAGCGGCCAUAUAUGUUACCUAUUGCAAUGAUUACACCCCUUUGGAUGCACGAAGCUUAAAAUUAAGCUUAACCACAAUAAUGCAAGUGAUUUAUUCAUUUUCGUUCGUUCCUUUCAAAAUAAACGAAUAUUUACAUACCAAUAUUCGCACCGACGUAUGACUUGUUUGGUGUGAAACAGCCUUUAUAACGUUACCGUUAGCAGCAAUCAUAACCUAACAAGUUAGGCGACAAUCGUCUGUUUUGGUCAGUUCUCUUGCCACUAACUUUUCACAAACAAAGUUCUUUAAUGCAUGUACCAACAAUGGAAAAUCGUUUCCCGCUAAACGAACAACUAUCUCAAACCCUCAAGUCAUACCUGCAGCGGCGCAACUAUCCCGCCGUCACACAACUGCGCGAAAUCAACGAAACACAAAUGAUCCUCAACGCGACCGUGCAAAAUGAAACCAGCAGAAACAAUUCCAUCGCAUUCUCUUCAUUCAGCAGUGAUCCGAUGAUCAUCGAGCACACGUUCUCCAAAUUUGUUCAGUGGAUAAAUGACAUUGUGCAUAAGUGCAGUGAUCAUCAAGAUCUACAUAAAAUAGUAGCACCACUCUUCUGCCACUUCUUCAUUGAACUACAUCAAAAAGUACAAAAGGAUAAAGAAUCCAUGGAACUCCUCCAGAAGUCCACCUCACACUUCUUCAAAUUUCACCUACCAAGUGUUGAAAAACUAAACAGUGAUGACACAAUAACAAAACUAUUGAAAAUCUUACAAGGCCAGAGUGAUUCAUCAAAUUUGAAAGAAGCAUUUAGAUCAAACAAAUACUGUGUGAACUUGUGCAGUAAAUCCGUACGAGCAUUGAAGAAAUAUCUAGCUGAAAGCAGUCAUGUGAUACUGCUGCAAAUCAUACAAAUGUGGUUUAACAUCAGAGAAGAGGAAGAUCCUGAAUGUGAAGAGAGUGUGACUGAUUCCAAAAUGGAUGUAGAACAUGAAGUGGAACAUUUAAAAGAUGUCAUAGCACUGAUUAACACUGGACCUCCACCAAUUUAUUCAGUAAACCUAGGUAAUCUGAAAGGAGAUGCAACUGCAGGUUGUGUAGAUAAUAAUUUAGGAAUGUGUGCAUACAGUUAUGACAAUAUGAUAUUCCUCAGCUCAAUAGAGACUUUAAAACAACUUCCCAACACAGAUUCGGUUGGAGAUGUGAUUUUCUACGAACAUUCCGGCAGUAUUUACGACAUGAAAAUGUUGAGUAAUGUAUUAUUAACAGCCAGUCAGGAUAAAACAAUAAAACUAUUUAAUUUGACUGAUUAUCAACUACAUACGACGUAUCAAGCGCAUGAAUAUCCUGUGUAUUGUCUAUCGCCGAGUUCUUGUGGGUCUGUAUUUGUCUCCGGGUCGUAUGAUCACACUUGUAGAUUAUGGAGCUAUGAAAGCAAAUAUCCAUUAAGACUAUACGCAGGCCACACUCAAGAAAUUACAAGUGUACAGUUUCAUCCGAAUGGAAAAUAUUUUGUGUCUGGAUCAAGCGAUAAAGCCAUUCGAAUGUGGACAAUGGAAGAUUCAUGUCCUGUAAGAUUACUUCUCGGUAGUACAGGGACAAUUUACGCAAGCGCAUUCAGCGAGGAUGGAAAAAUGUUAGCCACUGCUGGAGAUGAUAAAAGUAUUAGAAUUUGGGAUCUCACGAAAGGCCAGCAAAUUUAUGAAAUUAAAACACCGGAUGUUGUUUUAAUUACGCAUUUAUUGUGGUGUUCGAAUGAUACAAUCGUGUGUUCGGGUUCUUCGAAUGGACUGAUUCAAUUUUGGGAUGUGAAGGAUGUUUGGCAAAAGACUGAAGAGUGUGCGGUGAUUUCAACGCAGGAAAUGAACAAGAAAUUGUUAGAUUUAGUAUCGUUUAGAGGUACAAUUAGUUGUCUGACUGCUGAGAGCGCUGGGUCAACUACAAUGCUACCUAUGUAAUCAAAAUGAAAAUGUCCGAGUUUUUACUCCUACGUGACACAACUUUAAUACCAAAUGUGCUUUGGUUCGAGUACACCAACACGCGACAGGAAGUGCGGGCGCGCAGCAGGAAGCUGGUCAGUAUGAAGUCGCAAUG